AUGGCCAGGAUAGAGAACGGUCGUCAGUCGAUCGAUACGAGGAGCAUCAGAACGAUCAGCAGCAGCCACACGCACAUCGACGACGAGAGCUCCUUCGGCUCCGACUCGGAGCUCAACGGCUUCGUCAGCGAGCGGCACACCGACAAGUACGGAUUCAUCGGCGGGGCACAGAAGUACUCCGAGGAGUCGGCCCAGGACGUGCCUCCAGAAGUGCUCAGGCAGAGAGAGGUGAAAUGGCUGGACAUGCUCGGCCAUUGGGACAAAUGGAUGGUCAAGCGUCACGACAAGGUGAGGCUGCGCUGCCAGAAGGGGAUUCCCCCGGCCCUGAGGGGCCGCGCCUGGCUCUACCUGUCCGGGGGGAAGGUGAAGAGGGAGCAGAACCAGGGGAAGUUCCAGGAGCUGGAUAGCGAGGCAGGUGACCCCAAGUGGCUGGAUGUGAUCGAGAAGGACCUGCACCGCCAGUUUCCCUUCCACGAGAUGUUUGUGUCGCGCGGAGGCCACGGGCAGCAGGACCUGUUCCGUGUCCUGAAGGCCUACACGCUGUACCGGCCGGAGGAGGGCUACUGCCAGGCCCAGGCCCCCAUCGCCGCUGUGCUCCUCAUGAACAUGCCUGCUGAGGACGCCUUCUGGGUGCUGGUCCAGAUCUGUGAGAAGUAUCUCCCUGGCUACUACAGCCCCGGCCUGGAAGCCAUCCAGCUGGACGGGGAGAUCCUGUACGCCCUGCUGCGCCGCGUCUGUCCGCUGGCCUACCGCCACCUGGAGAAGCACAAGAUGGACCCCAUCCUCUACAUGACGGAGUGGUUCAUGUGCGCCUUCUCCAGAACGCUGCCCUGGGCCUCGGUGCUCCGCGUCUGGGACAUGUUCCUCUGUGACGGGGUGAAGAUCAUAUUCAGAGUGGGCCUGGUGCUGCUGAAGUGCAUGCUGGGAAGCCGUGAGAAGCUGAAGGCCUGCCAGGGCCAGUACGAGACCAUGGAGCUGCUGCGAGCCCUGGAGCCCCGCUACAUGCAGGAGGGCUUCCUGGCCCGGGAGAUCGUGGAGGUCCCCGUGUCGGCGCGGGACAUCGAGCGGGAGCACCACUCCCAGCUGAAGCGCUGGAAGAAGAACCGCGGCGAGCUGAACUUCAAGUCCCCGCCCCGGAUGCAUGGCGCCCGCGUCAUCAUGUUGGCGGAGCCGCCGCGGCGCCAGGACCUGCAGCAGAACCCCACCAUCGUGGUGCCGGUGCCCCCGCCCACGCCCCAGAUGAAGAAGGCCCCCAAAAGCAGGGAGGAGCGGAGCAGCAUCAAGAAGAAGAAGAGCGGCCGCAAGUCCUCCCAGACCCCGGAGCCCAUCCCCAACCCGUACCCCAUCAUGGAGGAGCCCCCCCCCCAGACCCCGCCUCUGCUCUUUACCGAGACACACCCAGCCUCCCAGCCACUCCCAGCCCAGCCUCUCCACUCCCAUUCACUCCCCACUGAGCCCCUCCACUCCCAGUCACUCCCCACCGAGCCCCUCCUCUCUCAGCCCCUCCCCUCCCAGCCCCUCCCCUCCCAGACACUCCCCACCCAGCCCCUCCUCACCGAGCCCCUCCUCACCCAGCCUCUCCUCACCGAGCCCCUCCUCACCGAGCCCCUCCCCUCCCAGCCCCUCCCCUCCCAGCCCCUCCUCACCCAGCCACUCCUCACCCAGCCACUCCUCACCCAGCCACUCCCCUCCCAGCCACUCCUCACUGAGCCCCUCACAACCCAGCCCCUCCCCUCCCAGCCCCUCCCCACCCAGCCCCUCCCCACUCUGCCCCGCCCCUCCCAGCCACUCCCCCUAGCCCAGCCGGAGCCCCCGCUCCCCCCAACAGCAGAACCGUUGCCCACGCCGGGGCCUGACCCUUCCCAGCCGCAGCAGACACCCCCAAUAGAACCCCCGCUCGCUGCCAAAGAAUCCCUCCUCCAGAGGUCCACCCACAGCCUGAGCAGCACGGAGCAGGACACCUACCUGUAGCGCCCUCUACGGCCCCGACGGGAACCAGCAUCCUUCCCUUUUCUAACACCCGCACCAGCACAGGGGCGACAGCAAGCGACUCCACUACGUGUGUUGAUGAAUGGGAGGUAAUCAUUUUUCUUUUUAAUCACGCUUGCUCGAUGACGACACCACAUUGUUUGUACCCAAUGUUGUGUCUCAUACCUACAUUAAGCAGCUUAUGCUAUAGUGUCAAAGAAUCGAUAUCCAUGUGGUCAUAGCUCCCCUGGUCAAUCUGGUCCUGUUACCUCUAAUCAUUUCCUUUUUGUUUUUAAUGUGCGACUCUAAGCGAUUUGUAUGCAAGGCCGUCAUCGGCGCAUUUCAGUUUCAGGGGAGGUUGAUGAAAGCUCCCCAUACAGUCUGAUCUUUAUGCUAUACAUUUAUGGUGACAAUCCAUGCUGUCGAGUUCAAUCAGACAAUGGCGAUGUCCUCUUCUGUUACAAGCUUGUUGAACAUUUCCUCCUGUAAUCACCAGAGGGCAGUCUUGGGUUUUACUGUUUCAAUGCUGGGCACACAAUUCAAAACAAACGUUUGUUCUUAUAGUAUUUUUCUUCAAAUGUUACAAAAUGUUACUGUCGAUUAAAUCACAUGUAUACUUUGGUUUCAGGACAUUGGUAUGAAGCUAGCCCUCUAUUAUAGCUCAAACAACAAGCUCACUCUGAGGUGUUUUGUAACCUGCCGGAUUGCGUUGUGUGUUGUUUCACUUUGAACCAUAUUUAUUUGACGCAAAAGUAAACUUAAGACAUCCGUCGGGCUUCCAGGGGCUUUGGGAGGUUUGUAAACGGGCGAAGUGUCUCGGCCAUCCUUAUCGGGUUUCAUCAGAUGAGCAGAACGGCCAAGGAAUCUUACCUUGAGCAAGGCACUAGCAGACACUACACACCAGCACUAUGUCAUGAUAGACCUGAUCCAUCAAACAUUCCUCACUGUUCCACACAUUCCGGCCUUCCCGAGGGCUAAUCACUUUUUUUCCAAAUGCAAAUCUGCGUUAUGUAUCCAUAUAUAUCUGUGCAUGUAAUUCCUGUAAUGUCUGGGCAGGUCAGCCCCCCCAACACCACUGCCCCUCCUGGUCCUUCACACACCUCCAGGUGGACCCGAGUCCUUCUGCGGUGCGGGGGGGGUCAUGUUUGUUCGUUCUUUCUAAACGCUAGAAAUCCCAAAGCAAAUGGAGUCACUGUCACUUUUAGAUGAUUCACUACCAGUACCUGUGAGCAGCAGAGGAAAGGGAAUACUAUUAGUUUUUAUUUAGUGGGGAGGGGAACCGUUGCCGCUCUUGUUGGAGAGAAUUGCACUCGUUUGUCUGGGAGUCGAGGAGCCCAGUUGGGAGGAUCCAUUAUCACGGUCAUGAUGGACAGUCUCUUUGAUGGGAGGAUCCAUUAUCAAGGUCAUGAUGGACAGUCUCUCUGAUGGGAGGAUCCAUUAUCACAGCCAUGAUGGACGGUCUCUGAUGGGAGGAUCCAUUAUCACGGACGGUCUCGCUGAUUGGAGGAUCCCUUAUCACGGUCGAGAGGGACAGCCUCUGAUUGGAGGAUCCCUUGUCACGGUCGAGAGGGACAGCCUCUGAUUGGAGGAUCCAUUAUCACGGUCGAGAGGGACAGUCUCUGAUUGGAGGAUCCAUUAUCACGGUCGAGAGGGACAGUCUCUGAUUGGAGGAUCCAUUAUCAAGGUCCAGAUGGACAGUUGACACAAUCAAUAAUUGGGUGAACAAAGUUACUGAUCUCUCCUUGUUAAGAUUCAGAUGAAGUCAUUAUUUUUACGAGCAUCCGAGUGGCUGCAGAUGUAAUCCUGAGUCAUUCCACUCUGUGUCUCCCCUGGUAACCUACAUUAAGCAAUACGUUCUGAAUGUUUAACAGAAGGACUAGAGAGAUUUAGCCCUCCACAUUGUCUGCUUCUUUUGUUUUGUUUCGCCAAUAUAUUUGUUUAAUUUAAUUGUCUAUGUGUAGAUAUUAAAGAUUUGUUUUUUUGCCAUUAUGAUAUUCUGACCAUCACUCGCAUCAAGGGAAGCAUUUAUAAGUGAUUUUAAUGAAAUUAUUUUGGGACUAUCGGGACAUUUUGGUAUUAACUUAGUGCCAUUUUUUUGUACUCUUGGGAGAUUGGUUAUUUCUUUGCCAUUUGCAGCUAACAGUAGGCUUAACAUGAUAAAUAAAAGCUGUUCACUAUUUGGAUUUUACAAUUAAAGUUUUGUCUAAAA